CCCAAAAAAAAAUAAAUAAAUAAAUAUUACAAAUAAAAAACAUGGGAAAGGAAGAGGCCCCGGAUCUUAUGUGAAGAACUACGAAUCCUGAUUUUGGGUUUUCGAUCUUGGCUCUAGGAGAGAGAGAGAAAGAUUAAGAGAGAGAGAAAUGGCUACUGCAAUGGCUCUGCGCAAAGACCUUGUGUUCUUAAUCAUGCAAUACUGCGAAGAAGAGAAUCUCACAAUGACUGCCCACAUGCUGGAGCAAGAAACUGGUUAUUUCUUCGACAUCGAUUAUUUCGAAGAGCUAAUGCUGCAGGGGAAGUGGGACGAUGUAGAAGGAUAUAUCUCAGGCUUCACCUUAGUCGACGACAACGAUUAUUCGAGAAAGAUUUAUUUCGAGAUAAGGAAGCACAAGUACAUUGAAGCUCUUGACAGGGGCGAGUACGAUGUGGCAUUGGGCAUUCUCCGGAACGAUCUCAAAGUUUUCGCGGCUGCAAACAAGGAACUUCACAAAGAGAUGGCUCAGCUCUUGGCCCUCGACGAUUUUAGAGAGCACGAAUCGCUCGCGUCCUUCGGAGACGCGGAGUCCGCAAGAAAAAUAAUGGCUAAAGAGCUCAGACGGAUCGCCAAGGCGAAUCCCCUGUUGCAGGGGACGACGACCUUUCCGAAAUUCGACAAGUCGAGGUUGAAAAGGUUGAUCAACCAGAGUUUGAAUUGGCAGCACAUGUCCUGCGCUAAUCCGCAUCCCGAGCCGCAUGUCGACACCCUUUUUACGGAUCACGUUUGUCCGGGCUCGGAUGGCGCGUCAAAGCCAGAAAAGUCGACUUCUAGUUCUUCUGUGGUAACCGAAUCUGAAGUUACCGCCAAACAAACUUCAUCCGAUGACAUUAAUGAUCGCCCGAACUCCCCCAACUUGAAGACUUCAAAGCCUGUUAAUGAGAUGGCAUCGCCGUCGGCGGAGGCGUCAUCGUGUUGUCAGCAUUCCUUAAGUGCGCUUCCGAAUGAAUUCCCCCAAACUCUCGAACGAGUUCUCGACAUGGGAUCUUCUGCCUUAAUUACUAUGGACUUUCAUCCUGUUUACGAGCCUCUGUUAUUAGUCGGGAAAAGUGGCGGCGAGGUAGAGAUUUGGGAUGUUUAUUCUUCGGAGAAGCUGUUCGGGACUGCAUUUGAGUUGCGAGAGCGACCGCUCGCGACUUCUGUGAACUGUGUGUGUUGGAGCCCCAAUGGAAACUUUUUCGGGGCUGCAACAUCGAAUGGCGUUAUACGGACAUACUUCUUGCCUGCAAAAAACAAUGACUGCGAGAAGCGGUUGGAGAUUGUUGCGCACAUCGGCAAUGUGAACGAUCUAGAAUUUUCUAACCCCGACGGAAACCUUGUUGUAAUAAGCUGUGGCGACGACAAGCUGAUUAAGGUUUGGGAUGCUACGACGGGCGAGAAACUGUACAUAUUCGAGGGGCAUGAGGCUCCUGUUUACUCGGUGUGCUCUCAUAUGCGAGAAAAUGUCGAUUUUCUGUUUUCGACGUCGACGAGCGGCGAGAUCAAAGCGUGGUUGUUCGAUAACAUGGGAGCGAGGGUUACGUUCAAUUCUCCGGGCUUGUGCUGUAUGAAAAUGGCGUAUAGCAACGACCGUGAAAGGCUAUUCUCGUGCGGGACGAACAAGAACGGAGAAUCGAUUAUGGUCGAAUGGAAUGAGAUGGAAGGCGUCGUCGUUAGAAAAUACAAAGGACUCAGCAAAUACUCUUCUUCGGCUGUUCGUUUCGCGACAAUCCACAAUCGGUUUUUGGCUGCCGGUGACGAUCAUUCGAUCAAGGUUUGGGAUAUGGACAAUGCCGAAGUUUUAGCUGUUCUCGACGCUGGGGGAGGCUUACAGGCUUCUUCGAAUGUUUGCUUUAGCACAGCGGGGAAUCUUCUUGCUGUUACUGCUGAUGGGAAUCGAAUCAAAGUUCUGGCGAAUGAUCUCGGCCAUGAACUGAUGAGUACCCCAGAGGAAUUCUUCCGGAAGUGUUUCGAAAAUCCGGAACGUGUUGUUCAGGAAGGUGUUGCUGCAGGAGACAGCGUCGCUACAGCUGCUGCGGAGGAUGUGUCCGAAGGAGGAAUUCCGAAAGAAGAGGCCGAAACUGUCGAAGCGAAGAUGCCGAGCCUUUCGAAGAUUGUUCAAGUGUCUAACUGUCAGUACUUGCUGCUCACUUCCCCGGUGAAGAAUAAUCCGAUUCGGAGACUCGUCUACACUCAUUCUGGGAAUGGUAUUCUUGCUUUAGACGAAGAUGGAACUCAUCUGCUAUGGCGAUGGGCGAAAACCGACGCCAAUUUACAUGGAUUGGCAAAUGCGAAGUUUCCAGCGCAGCUAUUGCAGCCGAAGAGCGGUUUGCAAAUGAGGAACGAUCUUCCUUCGAACGUCGUUGUUCGACCUUGCUUUGCACUGUCCAAGAAUGAUUCUUACAUUAUCUCGUCGUCCGGAGGGUCGAUUUCUUUGUACAACAUGCAGUUGUUCAAGAAAAUAAAAACCGUAAUGGCCUCGCCGCCUGCCGCCGCAACGUGCAUCGUGUUUUAUCCUCCCGACAACAACAUAGUCGCUAUAGGCAUGGACAACUCGAGGAUCGUCAUCUACAACGUUCGCAUCGAUGAGGUAAUAAGGGAGCUCGAAGUGCACUCUAGCGCAAUUAGCGGUCUGGCUUUCGCGCCGACGUUGGGAAAGCUCGUAUCGUGCGGGACCGAUGCCGAGAUUGUUCUUUGGGACUCAAUUCUAUGGGCGAAAAUCAAAAGCACGUCGAUGCAGAUUUCGUCGUCCGCGGCGACAUCGGAAGUGACCAUCGAGCUCGGCAGCGGAGAAAAGAACUUUCUGGCAGUGCACGAGACGCAGCUGGCGAUAUACGAAACCGAGACACUCGAGCUUCUCAAGCAGUGGACCAUUGCGAAAUUCUGCGCGCGGAUUGCGCACGCGGCGUACUCUUGCGACGGGCAGCUCGUGUACGCCGCCAUGAGAGAUGGAAUAGUGCUGAUUCUGAGCUCUGCGGAGCUGACGCCGACGCAUGAGAUCGAUCCGUCAGCGUACCUCCCGCCGCGUCUGAGGGUGGAUCUGAGUCCGACGGUGGUGGCAGCGCAUCCUGGGAAGGCAGGCCAGCUUGCGGUGGGGCUGUCGAACGGCGCCGUGGCAGUGAUCGAGCCGGGGCAGGUGGUGAAGUAAGAGUGGGCAUGAGAUAGCCGUUGGUUUUUUGAAUAUUUUCUUUGGAUUGUGCUAAACUAUGUAUGAUUUGAUUUCGUUGGGCUGUUUAUGGGAUAUUUUUAAGAUUAUGUUUAUAUAUCCAAAUUUACUCAGUUUUUUUGUGUUACAUUU